AUGGCUACGCCUCGGGAUAUUACCAUUGAUAACCUCAAUGGCAACUGGACUCUGAACAAGGCGCUGUCUAGUGAGGUAGACCCAAUCCUCAAACUGCAAGAAAUAAACUGGCUUUUUCGCAAGGCAAUUGCCGUCACAGACAUUUGUCUCAGAAUUUGCACAUCUCACACUUUGAAUUCACAAACGGGGGAAGAUGUCGUUAAAAUCGACUUCCUGCAAACCCCAUCCGUCGGGAGACUUGCUUCGACUACAGAGACGCGCACGCUAAACUGGAAGGCCCAGCAACAUUUCGAUUACUUCUUCGGAGAGGCGGAGUGCAGGAGCUCUUUCGUCCGAGCUUCCUCCGGCUCUAAGAAUGAUGGCCGUUUGAGACCUGACUUUGAGUUACAAGUUGGGCCACUAAACAUGGAUAUCAAACGGUUCUUGAGAGGAGAAAUAUCUCCAUAUGCUGAUAAGACAAAUUCUAUCUCUGAAGGAUUUCUUGUAGAGGAGCCAGGGGAUGGCCAAGGUCGAGGAUUGUGGGUGCACACGCAUGAGAGAAGUGUGAGGUCGGAUUGGGAAGUAGAACAGAUCUGGGGCUUUGAAAUGAUCGACGAGAAGCGGUACUUCACGCGCAGACUGGUCGUCACUGGCUCUAAAGGCCGACAUAUCUGCGGCCGAUUGGUGUACGAUUUCAAGGGGUAUCAUACCUGA